CUGUGAAAGGGAAAGGGAGCGAAACGAGACGAAAGAAAGAAACUCGAACUGCAAGUUGAAUCACGAACUCGAUCCUGUCUGCGCCUCAGAUCCAUAUCACACUAGAAGCAACCGGAAAUUGCCAAUGGGCCACAAAGAGACAGAGUUCGUGGUGGGACCUGAACUGAUUCAGAGAUGGGCCAAUGUGCCAAUGUGCCAAUGGUGAGGUGAGGAAGUGGAAGGCAUGCACGACUUCAUUCUCUCGCCCGGAUAAUUGACGGUAAAUGUGCAACGUCAGAGGAGGGCUCACCACGUUAUUACGGAGCGAAUCGUGCUCCGUUUUCUCUGGUGGGCAUUGGGAUGCCGUUAUCCGAAUGGCGGAGGGAAUGCGGUAAUUUCAGGAGCCGCCGAACUAUUGUCGAGGAAGACAAGAGGCCCCGUGUGCAACAUCCGAGCGGCACUUAGUUGGGACGAGAGCAAGGGAAGCGCUACGAGCACCCACCCAUGGCAUCACCAAUUGGUGUAGAAAAUCGUGACACAGGGGUGAGGCGAGUGCGUAAUGGCAUCGCGUGAGCGCAGAUCGAUCCUUUUGAUGCAAAGCGCUGCGCGAGUUCGCUCCAUGUGGGACUGCGAGCUUCGGUGCCAAACGCAAACAUGGCAUGUGCAGUCGCCGAGCGUAAGGGGAGAGGGAGGGCGGAAUCUUUGAAACGUGAGAGCAGUGAGCAGCAGCAGCAUGUUAGCCGAACCCUUUUCUCUCGUCGCCAAAGAAAGUUUCUGUUCGGGCAACAUCCGAGGCAGAGUCUUCGCAGUGCAGCAUUCUACAGGUCUCUCUCUCAGGGCCAAUCGGAGAAGAGCGGCGUGGGUGUCAGUGGGCCCCGAGGCUCAUCGGUGCGGUGCGGUGCGGUGCGGUGCAAUCGUACCGAAUUCUCGAAUGGAACUUUCCGGCUCGCUCGCAAGUUGUACCUUCGUGGACGAAGGAGACGUCGGCUGAGAGGGGUCCCGCCAUAGCUUCAACUCGGGAACGCCCCCAUUGCUCAAUUGGGGGGAGAUGUGUGAGCGUUGGAGCCGUGAGGUUAGCCGACUGAAUGUCGAUCCAACGUUUAGGCUAAUACACCGAAUAGUUCUUGUACGGUUUCUGUUCAGCAUACAGUGUUUGUGUUCUCAACGUACAGUGACAUGUGUUUUCACAUUUCACAUUACAUUCAAUCGAAUGAAGUGAAUGUCAUGGAACUGUGGCGGACUUUCCUUUCAGAUCAUGAUGAAUUGCAAACUUCGUAGUAAGCCACAUCCGUUCCAACAAAACUUCAUCUCUGUUUGAAGAAGAACUUCUAAAGAAUGAAUUACCGUCUCACUAUUUGGACCUUUUUAUUGUUUCAAUCAUGGAGAGCUUCUUGUUAGGAAGUAUAUGCAUUAUGUGAGAGGCAUACAACUGACCAAUCAUCCCGUUGAACGAGACACCCCAAAAGUUGCCUAUCUCAGCUAUCUGCCUUCAA